AUGUGACCCCAACCCUACCUUCCUACCCGUCCGGUGAUGUCCAAAGAAACCCGAAAGGGCGAAUUGGCUGAGGCCAAGGAAAAGUUGAGAGACUGUCAUCCCCAGACCAACCCUAGUGUUGGUAAAGGAGCAACUGACACCAAAAAGAAGAAAAUAAAUAAUGGCACUAACCCUGAGACAACCACUUCUGGCGGUUGCCACUCACCUGAGGAUAGACAACAGAACCGAGCUCAGCUGGAAGAAAAAAAGAAGGCAAGCCCGCAGUAUCAGCAAGCCCUAAGGAGGGAGCUAGAGGCCCAGGUUCAUACCAUACGAAUCCUUUCAUGUCAGAAAAGUGAGCUUCAGACGGUACUCUAUUACAGCCAGCAUGCUGCCCAGCAGUUGGAAGGUGGGACUGGCACCCCAUCAUCCUUCAACCUGGCACUUUGACAGGCCUUUAGGGGGAGUCCUUUGGGCCACAUCUGAAUGUCUCCCAUUCCAGGAGAGUCCAGGGAUCUGGUCAGCCGCCUGCAUGAUUCAUGGAAGUUUGCAGGAGAGUUAGAGCGGUCUCUCUCUGCUGUCAUUACCCAGAAGAAGGCGGCGGACAGGUACAUCGAGGAGUUAACAAAGGAGAGGGACGCCCUGAGUUUGGAGCUGUACAGAAAUAGCAUAACCAAUGAGGAGCUGAAGGAGAAAAAUGCCGAACUGCUAGAAAAACUUCGACUUGUAGAAUCUGAAAAGUCUGAGAUCCAGCUCAACAUAAAGGAGCUAAAAAGGAAGCUGGAGAGGGCCAAGCUCCUACUGCCACAGGUUCAAACCAACACUUUCACUGAGAAGCUGUGGGAGCAGGAGGAGAAGAUGCGGGAGCAGGAGGAGAAGAUGCGGGAGCAGGAGGAGAAGAUGUGGAGGCAGGAAGAGAAGAUGCAUGAGCAGGAGGAGAAGAUACGGGAGCAGGAGGAGAAGUUGUGGAGGCAGGAAGAGAAGAUGCAUGAGCAGGAGGAAAAGAUACGGGAGCAGGAGGAGAAGAUGUGGAGGCAGGAAGAGAAGAUGCAUGAGCAGGAGGAGAAGAUACGGGAGCAGGAGAAGUUGUGGAGGCAGGAGGAGAAGAUGUGGGAGCAGGAGGAGAAGAUGCGGGAGCAGGAGGAGAAGAUGCGGGAGCAGGAGGAGAAGAUACGGGAGCAGGAGGAGAAAAUACGGGAGCAGGAGGAGAAGAUGUGGAGGCAGGAAGAGAAGAUGCAUGAGCAGGAGGAGAAGAUAUGGAAGCAGGAGAAGAUGUGGAGGCAGGAGGAGAAGCUGUGGGAGCAGGAGGAGAUGAUGUGGGAGCAGGAGGAGAUGAUGCAGGAGCAGGAGGAGAUGAUGCGGGAGCAGGAGAAGAAGGAGCAGGAGAAGAUAUGGAGGCAGGAGGAGAAGAUGCGGGAGCAGGAGGAGAAGAUGCGGGAGCAGGAGGAGAAGAUGUGGAGGCAGGAGGAGAAGAUACAUGAGCAGGAGGAGAAAAUACGGGAGCAGGAGGAGAAGAUGUGGAGGCAGGAGGAGAAGAUGCGGGAGCAGGAGGAGAAGAUGCGAGAGCAGGAGGAGAAGAUGUGGAGGCAGGAAGAGAAGAUGCAUGAGCAGGAGGAGAAGAUACGGGAGCAGGAGGAGAAGAUGCGGGAGCAGGAGGAGAAGAUGCGGGAGCAGGAGGAAGAUGCGGGAGCAGGAGGAGAAGAUACGGGAGCAGGAGGAGAAGAUACGGGAGCAGGAGAAGAUGCGGGAGCAGGAGGAGAAGAUGCGGGAGCAGGAGGAGAAGAUGCGGGAGCAGGAGGAGAAGAUACGGGAGCAGGAGGAGAAGAUACAGGAGCAGGAGAAGAUGCGAGAGCAGGAGGAGAAGAUGCGAGAGCAGGAGGAGAAGCUGCGGGAGCAGGAGGAGAAGCUGUGGAAGCAGGAGGAGAAGAUACGGGAGCAGGAGGAGAACAUGCACGAGCAGGAGGAGAAAAUACGGGAGCAGGAGAAGAUGUGGAGGCAGGAGGAGAAGAUGCAGGAGCAGGAGGAGAAGAUGCGGGAGCAGGAGGAGAAGAUGCGGGAGCAGGAGGAGAAGUUGUGGAGGCAGGAAGAGAAGAUGCAUGAGCAGGAGGAGAAGAUGCGGGAGCAGGAGGAGAAGAUGUGGAGGCAGGAAGAGAAGAUGCAUGAGCAAGGAGAAGAUGCGGGAGCAGGAGAAGAUGUGGAGGCAGGAGGAGAAGCUGUGGGAGCAGGAGGAGAUGAUGCAGGAGCAGGAGAAGAGGAGCAGGAGGAGAAGAUAUGGAGGCAGGAAGAGAAGAUGCGGGAGCAGGAGGAGAAGAUGCAGGAGCAGGAGGAGAAGAUGUGGAGGCAGGAGGAGAAGCUGUGGGAGCAGGAGGAGAAGCUGUGGAAGCAGGAGGAGAAGAUGCGGGAGCAGGAGGAGAAGAUUCGGGAACAGGAGGAAAAGAUGCAGAGGCAGGAGGAGAAGAUGUGGGAGCAGGAGGAGAAGAUGUGGGAGCAGGAGGAGAAGCUGUGGGAGCAGGAGGAGAAGAUGCGGGAGCAGGAGGAGCAGAUGCGGGAGCAGGAGGAGGAGAUGUGGGAGCAGGAGGAGAAGAUUCAGGAACAGGAGGAAAAGAUGCAGAGGCAGGAGAAGAUGUGGGAGCAGGAAGUGAGGCUGCAGGAGCAGGAGGAGAAGAUGCAGGAGCAGGAGGUGAAGCUGCAGGAGCUGGAGGAGAGGCUGGGGGAGCUGGGGCGGAAGGCCGAGCUCUGGGGGGAGCAGGUGGAGGCGUGUGCAAACCAUGGAGAUCAUACAGAACGAUCUCACCACAAAUUAGCAGAUGGUGGUUGGCUCCCUCUGCUUUUCCACCAGUAUGUGGCCUACAGUUUGAAUGGUGGGAGGUAGGGUGUGAGAUUUGAGGCUGG